AUGUCGAUAGAGAAUGUUACUACUGCGACAGGCGCCCACUAUGCAUCCUUAACAGCAUCCGAUCACCUGCAGUCGUCGGGAGGCUUUGCACUGACACACGUGUUACGAGGUCAUACAUCUGAUGUCCGUUCGGUAGCGACCACAUUCGACCACCUCUCCCAACGCGAAGCGCUGCUGUCCGGUUCACGAGACCAAUCCGCUACUUACUGGUCGCGAGCAUCCACUUCCGACUCGUCGAGCUUCGAAAAGGGCACCACUUUCCACGGGAACCGUUUUUGCAAUGCGGUCGAAUUUGUGGCCCCUGCACCCUCGCUUGGGUUGCCCAGAGGGCAUAUACUGAUGGGCAGUCUUGAUUCUCAGAUCCGCUGCUUUGAUCCUCUUCGCUCCGAUAAGCCGCUCCAAGUCCUGUCAGAUCACUGGGACAACAUCUCUGUCUUGAAGGCCUAUAGAUACCAAGAUGGACAAGGAGUAGAGAGCAACGCGCUACCGCUCUUCAUCUCAGCAAGCUGGGAUAAGACGGCAAGAGUGUGGAUGUGGGAUCCUGCAGAGGCUAGGUGGAGCGCAAGAUACGUGCUGCGCGACCAUGACGAGGCGGUCUGGGGGGUACAGAUUGUGCAGCCUCCCUCGUCGACUGCGUCCAAAGCAGAGGCAGAGAUUUCACAACAAGGCAGAUAUCUCACUUCUUCGGCCGACCUUUUCAUCCGGCUCUUCCAUGGCGAGCAGCUUCAUGCUGUAUACGCCGGUCAUACAGACGUUGUGCGCUCUCUGCAAAUGCUGCCUCUCCUGCCUUUGACGCCGGUUGCUGAUGCUAAAAACGUCAGUACGACGAGCGCAAAACCAGCCUACUAUCCAAAUGAGCAGCUUUUUGCUUCGACGUCCAACGAUGGCACCGUCCGUGUCUGGUCUCUCGACUCUCGCCGAAGCCGUACACCUGGCAACGGUGGCGAAGCACUGCGCCUGCUCAAAGGACAUACCAGCUUAGUAUACGACCUAUCAGCCUACAUCGAGCAUGAUUCGGCUCAUCCGAGACUUGUCAGCAGCGGCGAAGAUGGCACUUUCCGCGUCUGGGACUGGGUCUCGGGCGAGCUACUCCAGACGAUAGCUGUGCCCGUGAUAUCGGUUUGGACCAUCGCAGUUCUGCCGCGAUCGCAACAUGUCGUAGUUGGCUGCAGCGAUGGCCUGGUUCGUAUCUAUUCGCGACAUCCGCCUUGCACAUCACUCGAAAACAGCGACUUUGCGGGUACACCGCUAUCGGCGAGCGAGGCAGCGAUCGAAGCACAGAAAGCGCACGACGUCCAGGAACACCACAAGCUUGCUAUCCAAGCAACGACGUCCGUGUCCAGCUCGGACGAGCCGCAGGACGAUACCGAAGGUGAAUUCUGGAAAGGCCAGCGAUACGACUUUGUGCUUCGCAUCGACGUAUCGGACGAUCUCGAACCUCUACCAUUGCCCAUUAAUCGGGUUGAUGACCGAAGCCAGGUCGUUUCGGACUUUGUUGCUCUUCAUCAGCUUCCCGAGUCGUACACAGACAAGAUCCUGGGCUUCGUCAGUCUCGUCCUCGGCUGA